AUGAUUAGCCCCGACCAUAAGCGCUCCAUAGACAGCGAGGCACUCUGGGCCCAAAUCAGGGCUCCUGAGCUCAUGCCAGAGGACCCAGAAGCAUUCCUCGCACUUCUGGAAUCGCGAUUCCAUGAAGCUGGCAUCACCGGGCAACUAUCUCGUUAUCAUAAGUUAUUAUCCGCGAUCCCGCGCGACAUGCUUAUCAACUUCAGGGAUAUUUACAUGAAUAUCCCUGCGCACAACCCGUACGACGUGCUCAAAAAGCACUUCUUCGUUCGUAUGGCAGUUUCCGAAGAGAAACGCAUCCAGCUCCUCCUGUCAGGGAUCCAAUUGGGAAACCUCAAACCGUCCCAGUUGCUGCGCCAAAUGCGCGCGUUAGUCGGCAACACCACACUGGACGACUCCGUACUACGCCAGAUUUGGCUUCAAAGGCUUCCGCCAUACGUUCAGAGUAUUCUGAAUGUCUUCGCACAUGCCCAUAGCCUAGACGAACUAGCGGAGGCCGCUGACCGAGCAAUGGAGCAGGCCCAGCUUUUUCAGCCCACAAUGGCCAACGUGGGAAGCCCU